CACGCCCAUCCAGAGAGGGUUAUUUGUUGAGGCUCCCCUUACUAGCGUUCUGUUACCACAAUUAUUGUUAGGCUCAUUUCCCCACCUAUCCUCUCCUCUCCUCCCGAUCCGCCCCAUCUCUUUUCCUCGUCGGCGGCUCCCCAUCGGUAAUGGCGAUGGCGUCGUCGCCGUGGGCGCUGCUGAUGGCGGCGGCGGUGGUUUUGGCGGCGGGGUGCGUCGAGGCGGCGCCGACGGCGGCCGCGGAGGCGGCGCACGACGUGCUGCAGAGCCACGGCCUCCCGCGCGGGCUGCUCCCCGCGGGGAUCGCGGCGUUCACGCACGACCCGGCGAGCGGGCGGUUCAAGGCCGUCCUGGAGUCCCCGUGCACCUCGCGCACCGAGGUCGGCCUCCGGUACAACGCGACCGUGGCGGGGCAGAUCACCUACGGCCGGAUCGCCGAGCUCUCCGGGGUGGACGCGCAGGACCUGUUCCUGUGGUUCGCCGUGCGCAGCAUCCGCGUCGACGUGCCUUCCUCCGGCGUCAUCUACUUCGACGUCGGCGUGGUGUACAAGCACUUCCCUCUGUCCUUCUUCGAGGCGCCGCCGCCGUGCGUGCCCACCUCGCUCAUCCUCCUUCAGGUUAGGGGCGACGGAUCAGAGGUCGACGGCGGCGCCGCGUUGCAACAAUGAUGGGACGGGUUGGACGAUUUUAUCGCCGAGGCGGAACCAGAAGUCGCAAUUUUGAGAAGUGAUCGGCCGGCGGCGUGCGGGCGGGCGGACGGCCGGCAGGUGUGCAGAUAGACAGACGCGGUCAUUCCUUUUGUUUGCUAAGUAGCUAGUAAUCACUCCUCGCCCGCUUCGUCUCUUUGUUCUCGUCGUCCUUCUUGUCCGGUGCGGGCCAAAGCCUCUAUGCUGCUGCCCUGCGUGUACUCCUCCGGCGUCCGGCCGAUGGCCAUAUUUGUCACCGUAAUGGAUGAUGCGUGUACAUUUUAAA